UUUUUUUUGUAUUUUUCACUUUUCAACACAAAAGAUUGAAUUAUUACUAUUAGACAGUGUGUGUAAACUUUAACGUUUCAGAUUUAAUAAUCAUUAUGCUGUUCAUGUUUUAAAUAUGAAUUCACUUGUAUUUUAAUUAAACUUUUGAAGUCACAAGUAACACGGUAAUAGCAGUUAAAAUCUAUUUUGAGGUAGUAAAUUUCUGUCUGCUUAUUUUAUUUAAAAACUAACUCCCCAUCAGAUCAAUAAAAAUAUGAUCGUAACAACAGACAUGACUGCGAAAGAAAUAAUCAACGAUUUUAAAGAGACCUAUGCUAAAGUGAGGAAGUUACUUGACGAUGAUGCACCUCAUGAUCCAGCUAAUGAACCAUAUUUGUCACAUUAUAAAGCAAAAGACAUCUUAAAUAAAAUGCGAGAAGCUCUUAUGAUGACAAAAGGCUCUGAAACAAAUUUGGAUACUGUAAAAAUUGAUGCUAUGCUUGGUGUUGUGCUUCUUAACAUAGGCAUUAUCGAUAUGGAAACUGAUGACGCACCAGCAAGUGAAAAAGUAUUGACCGAAGCAGAAGCUCUUCUCCUACCACAUUCAUCAAAGCCAGAAGUAGUAUCCACUUUAAUUAACAUUGAAAAUCACCUUGGCUUAUUGUGGUCAAAUCGGGACGAGCCAGAAAAAGGCAAAUCCUUUCUACUUAAAGCAAAAGAUUUUUAUGAAUCUUUUAAAUGUACAAUGCAAAUGCCUAUAUCUAUAGAACAUAUAAUACAUGUUAGUGACAGCAUAACAGGUGAUAUUAUGUUACUGGAAAAACCUUAUACUCUCACUCUUUAUUACUUAGCUCAAGUUUACGGCUCUUUAAAUGAGAAUUUAAAAUCUGCUAUUUACUGCCAUGUAACAUUACGUAGGCAGUUGCAAUAUAAUGAUUAUGAUCCAAUAGAUUGGUCCUUAAACUCUGCUACUUUAUCUCAGUUUUUUGCUGAGAGAAAUGGUUUUAUUCAAUCACGACAUCAUCUUGCUGCUGCAUCAACUAUAUUGGACCAGUAUGAGGCUAGGCUACUUGCAGAUGAAACCAAUGAUGAGGUAUUGAUGGCUAAAAAAGAACAGUUUAAUCACAGAUCAGCUGAUGUGGCAAGAUGUUGGGCAAAAUAUUGUAUUAUAUUGAUGUCUGCCUCAAAAAAUAGACUAAUGAGUGACCCUGACAAUUUAGAUGAGGCAAUUACAGAUUUAUCGAAUCUUCAAUUAGAGGACAGUGAAAACAUUUGUGGUGUAGAUGUAAAGAACCUAAUUUUUCCUGAUCUGGAUGUAUCAAAACAUGAAAACGAAAUCGGCCAUAAGUUUCUUCUCACUUACCAAGAUGCCAGAGAAGUCUUUCUCAAUUGUCAGACAUGGCUAAAUAAGGCAAAAGAGUAUUACAGAUCUGAUACUCUAGCAUCCGAUUAUAUCCAAUUGGUUCAAGAUAACUCUGAAGCAUAUUCGUUCCUAGCAUUUUUUGAAGAGGAUGACGGAAGAAGGGCUAAAAUGCAGAAGCGAAGAAUAGAUAUCAUAGAAGAUUUGCUGAAAGAAAUAAAUCCUACAUAUUAUCUACAUUAUUGUCAACAGCUGUGGCAUGAACUUGGUGUAAUAUAUUCUGAAAUUUUGGACAUUAAACUUGAUUCAGUAAAAAAAAGUGAGGGUAAACCGACACCUCACCUUUUGAAAAAAAUCAAUAUGCUUUGUGAAAAAAGCAUUGAAAACUAUGAAAGAUUUAUUGAAUCUUUUAAAGAUAAGAAUGGAAUUUUACCUUUGAGAAUGGAAGAGGAAUUUGUUAGACCGGUUGUUUGUGCAUUUGCAUAUAUUGGAAGAAAUAGUAUGAAACGCAUUGCAUUAGACAAACAGACCCAACUAAGUCAUGUGAAAAAGAGCUACGAAUCGUACCAAGCGGUUGUGGAUAUUUGUUCAAAAGAUAAAAAUUCUGCAAAAAUGAUGUCUACAGAAUACAGUUUAUGCCAAGAGAUGGUUAAGAUAUUACCAAUUAAAAUUAAGAAGCUUGAAGCUGAAAUAGUUGCACAAUCAUAAUCUAACUUUGCUCCCUUUAGAUUGCUGCACCGACAGUGUAUUAGAAAUCAGACAUGUCUCCUGUUAAAAGGGCAGUAGUUUACAUACACAUAGUCAUCUUAUUUUAAUUUUAUGCUUGCUCUUGCAUUUUAAAUAAUGAUAUACAUUAAAUUGAGUGAAAUUAUUAAUUUUUCUUAUUACAUUAUUAGAUGAGGUUUUUGAACAAUCUUUAUACAAUUAAUCUACACAUAAAAUAGCAUUGUUUGUGGCUAAAACGUAGCUUAUGAAUAUUAUUGUACGAAAUUGUAGAAAAUCAUUGUGUUUCAAACAUAAGCAGGCUGUUGCGAAGUCAUUAUAAAAUUUGUUUUGUGCUUUUAGCUAUAUAGCUUCUAUAUUAUAAUAUGUAAUAAAGAAUUAAAAUUGUUGCUAAA